AUGGGCUCCUGUCCCCUCCUCCGAUUAUCCGACGAGUUGCAAGUUGCCGUGGUUGAGCUUCUUCCUGGCAACGCACUCAAAGCAACCCGUGCAACUUGUCGCAAGCUCAACAGGGUCGCGUCGCCCUACCUCUAUCCUGUGAUCUACCUCUCAUGUCACCAGCUUGAUCUCGACGUCUUCCGACUUGUUGCAAGCAACCCCGUUCUCAUUGGCGGCGUCAAGGAACUCGUUAUCGAUGACACCACCUUAUCGCCUCGUCUUGCCGACUGGGAGGUUUACAAAACUCUGGCCUCAUACACGCACAUGUGGCCCCAGCGAAAGAAGGCAUAUGACUGGACGAAAAAGUUCCAGGAAGACGGUCGCGUCUGGUCUAAGGAACCAGAUAAAGAAUUCCACAAUCUUUUCAAGGCUGUCCUCGUCGGCCACCAUGAGAAUCGCCGGAGCAACGCCGAUGUCACUGCCCUCAAACAAGCCCUCCCUCUCUUCAAGUCACUGCGAAGUCUCGUGAUCAGCAACCGUACGGCCGAUGACGACGACUUCUUCUCAGGCGCGCAGAGCGAAGAUUCGAGCAGUCCAGUUGUCAAGAUGUGGAGGCGUCUUGGAGUUUCGAAGAAGGAGCGACCUCCUUUCCCGCCGAGGUGUGACUGGAUAGCCCCGUGGCACGCGCCUGGUUUCAGAGCCGAAGUGAUGCAAUUGGACUUUUUGAACGACGAAUUGGAAAAAUACAUCAAGGAGUAUGGGCUGCCACCUACCGCCGACGAGCAAGAGAGGCGUGACGCAGAUACUCAAUCCGCCGCCGAAAACGUCACAGACAGCAACUGGUUUGCCGACGGGUCCUUUUGCCGCAUUAUCGGGCGAGAGGCUCGUGCGAUAAUCAUCGCCCUGGAAGUCCUCGAGCACCCAAGCAUCCGCCUCACCGAAUUCAGAGUGGAUGCCUCUUCGGAGGUGGGAGACACCUCAUCAUAUCAGCCAGGCCUCCCGAUCCUUCUGUUCGACAGUGACGAGUCGCCGUUCCCACCGAAACUUAUCUCCUCUUUCUCCAGCAGCUGCAUGACCAAGUUCCACCUUAUUCUGAGCAACUAUUUCGACGCAGGUACUGGUGAAUUCAUCGGCGAGGAGUCAAUAGAUGAGGGAAGUGUCGCUCGGCUUCUUGCCUCUAUGCCCCAGUUGGAAGAUCUUCUUCUAGAGCCUCAUGGUAUGGCCAUCUUUUCUGCGAUUCCGGACGACGUCACCUUCAGCCGACUUCGCCGCGUCGAGUUCAGCUGCGGUGAGAUCGACCCCCAGAAACUCGUCGGCUUCAUUGAGCGCCACGCCUCAACUCUCAAGUUUAUUACUGUCCAGUACUGCUCUAUUGAUCCGGAUAUAUUCGAUGACACUUGGGAGCAUGUCAUGCGAGACAUCCGCCUUAUGCAAAAGGCAAACACUCUGGACAUUUAUGACGGCCAGGUGGCAGGUGUUUUUGACGGCGAGCCAUGUCAAGGCUGCGGAAGGAACGGUACCAUCGACAUUGAAAGUACAGGCUGGCUGCUUCGCAAUUGGGAGUUUAUGUUUUUUUCGUCUUGGAGGCAGUACCAUGAGUACCCGUGGGACUUGCACAGUGAUGAUGAGAACGGCGAGGGCGAGAAUGAUGCCUCCGGGCUUUGA